AUGGAAUUACGCGGUAAAGUCGUUGGAACAGACAGCCUUGAACUCGUCCACGUUUCCAUGGGUGUAACGUCGCAGAGCGGAUUUCAAGCUCCACUUAAGGAGCAAUACUUUGCAGAUGCAGGCGCAGUUCGACGGGUUGUCGAAGUACUUGAGAACGUGGAUGUGAUUUCACGUUGGCAAAUCGCCAAGCACAGUGCAAAUGCACUGAAUUUCCCUCGUGAAUCGAUUCUAACAGUGGGAUUUCUGCUCAAUCGAACUGUUGGCGUGCUGUGUGACGCAGUGAUUAGUGUGGUUGUCGCAGACCGCCAGUGUAGGGGUGUCGACAGUGCGCGAUUGCCGCCGUUGAGUGAGGCUGUUGUCAGUGGAUUCGGCAGCGACGGCAACAUCAUCACCAUCAUCGCUGGCUGUCGUGGUGUUGGUGGUGGAAACAUGGAAAUGGAGCUGCUGAGCAGCGAGGCCGAGGUUGACAGGCGCGUGGUCACAUCAGCUCAGGACCUCGUGCACAAAGGCAGCCUCUGCGACUUCUGCGAUUACGACCAGUCCGAGGAGCUGAGGGCGUUGCGGUGGCAGUGCAGCGAUUGCGGACGUCGCACUUGUUCCAGGUGCGCCUUCACUAUUGGCAUGCGGGACUCGCAUGGUUUGUCGGCAAGGGUGGAAGACUGCUUGGCAUUCGAUGGUGAUCAGCAAAACGCAUCCGACUUGAGUCAUUCGCGUCAACUGGCACCUUGUCUGCAGACAGUCGGCGUCUCCACCAACUGCUUCAUUCAUGACCGAUGCGUCUUGCGUGAUAUCGACAGUUCCUUGCACUCUGGAGCUGUUUCUGCGUGUCCGACCUCGGCAGUCUUGCGAUUGGCUGAUUUGGCUUACACAAUUUGCAGGCGCGUUCACAUUUCAUCUGAAAUCGAUGUCGUAACCGGACAUCGAGUGCCACUUAAGGAACAUGACACUGACUUCCACCGAAUGAAUCAAUUCCUCGUUGGAAUUGAACAGGUUGAAUCAUCGAGCUAG